ACCUUACAACGUAAACUCAAUAAUGCAACGACAAUUUGUUUAUCGUGAUAAUAAAAUCGAAUAAAACGUCAAAAAUUAUAAAAAACUAAAUAAUCUGUCGUUUCUUCAAAAAUUAUAUCAAGUUUGUGUUAUUAUUGUGUUAAAAAACAAAGGAACGGAGGGAAAAAAUAAAUGACGAAUUUAUGGAAUUAAAAUAAAAGGAAUUGAUCAAAUUUUAAUUAUUUUGUGCGAGUGUAAAUGUUAAAGUAUCUAGUGAAUGUAAAUAACAUUGUUGUUAUAAUGUAAAGGGGUCAUUGUUCUUUACGCACGGUUAGCUUGGGGUGUAAAUAUCGAUUUUAUAGAAAAGGCGCGCGAUUUGAAAGUUCACGGUGGAAUUCGAACGUGGUUGCUUGUCCAUAAAUAAAAAAAGUAAAAACUGACAUGGCGGGAAAUCGGACAUUAUGAUUUCGUGAAUUAUUUUAGUGUAAUUUCGUUGUUAUUAUUAAAAGUUUUGUUAUUAAAAUGGUUAAGUGUUUAGUUUGUUUGUGAUGCAAGCGUGCGGUGUUAUGCAAGUGGUACAGUACCAGGUUUCUACGCCACGAUCUACAAUAGCCGCUGAUGUGCCUCAACAUUAUGUGCCGCCACCGCCGUAUUUUGCAUCAGUUGGUUGCAAUGGCAAUGACGGUACGUGCCGUCGUCGUAAGUACGCGUGGUGGUGCGUGGGCUGCGGCGCGCUGGCGGCGGCGCUGGGCGGGCUGCUGGCGGCCCAGCACAUACUACUGCGGGCCUACACCGCCUCGCCGCAGCAUCUGGAGACUGUUCCCGCCGCUGUACCUGCUGCUAUGUUGGUGCUAACCGGCGUCUGCAUCAUGAGCCUGGCGCGCCGUCGAAACAGAUACAGCUAUAUGGUAAGAAAAAUCAAAGUGGUGGGAGCUUGCUGCCUAGUUUGUGCGUUGACGUGUGUCCUGGUCACCAUCACCACCACCGUCAUACAUAUGAACAAACUACAAACGCUGAAGUUUUGCGAGUACACGAAGCUGACUCGAACCUGCACCUGCUUCUCAAUGCCUCCGGACUCGCAACAUAGUUCAGCCGAUGACGAAGGAGUACGCUGCGUAUUCGAAGGCGUAUCGGAGUGUGGCGUAGUGCACGGCGCGUUGUACUGGUGUCUCCGCGGCGUAUUCGCGUUGUCAGUCAGCGCUGUGCUCGUCUGCAUCUUCAGUUGCAUGUUGGCUUACCAGUUGCUCAGCCAUGAACGUAAGAAGAUGUACUGGGAGCAAUUGGAGCUGCGUUGUAGAUCGUUGUACCGACCUUCUGCAGGGCAGGCCGCGCCGUCUGCUGGGAGACAAGUUCAGAGCAACUGCAGUUGUUGUGCGCAGUGCCACCCGACACAGCCCGCCUGGGAUAUAAGUCUACAACACAGAUUUUGGGCGCCAGGUCGUAUAGGCAACCUGUAUUCUCCCAACCCUGGUACAGGCAGGAAGACGUCAGCAUGGAGCUGGUUCCCUUGGCCCAGGAGUAACAGUCAGAAUUCCCGCUGCAGAAUGGGCGUGCCCCAAUCAGGAGACAGUGCGUAUGGAUUUUGCGAAACGGAAGCUGCGCAGACGCAACAGACGCAAGGAUAUGACGACAGAUACCCUCACUCUUUCAACCAAACUCCGUUCAACAGAGCGCAGACUUCAGGCACGUUUGCGCAAAUACAAGGAAACUUUGCGCAAGGGUCUGGGAAUUUUGUUCAGGGCCAAGCUAACUUCCCCCAGCCGAGUUUCUCCCAGGAAGGGUUUGGGGAAGCGAGCGGUAGCUUCGACGCGGCCACCGGAGUAUGGGGACCUCCGCCACCGUACAGUCCACAGGGACGGAGUGGUAGCAGACAUCACCUCCACCACCAAGACCCCGCAGCGGCCACUCUUCUUCAUCACCAUCACAUGGAGCAUCGCACCAACAUCCACGAACAUCCAUCAAACAUCCAACCUCAUACAUGCGCUAGAAACAGCUACUUAAUGCAUCAAAACCUACCCCCAACCGAAAUGAGCCGAAUAAACCCCGAUUUAACACGAAUAAACCCAGAAUUAGCUCGAAUGAACCCGGAAUUGGCUCGAAUGAACCCGGAAUUGGCUCGAAUAAAUCCAGAAUUGGCGGAAUUUGCUCGAAUAAAUCCGGAAUUGGCUCGAAUGAAUCCGGAAGUAGCUCAUAUGGGGCAGAUGUAUCCUCAGGAUAUAGCUGAAAUGGCUCGUUUGCAGGCGGAAUUGGCCCAUAUGCCACCUGAAGCGAGGUUUAACACGUUAAGGGGCCACUUAGUGCCGUAUAGGUGUCAGAGGUUGGGGAUGAGCGCUAGUAACUUGCACAGAGAUUGCAGGAUCGAUGAUACCGUCGCUAUUGAGUGCUUGCAUCAGAAAUCUGCGAGUAAAGUUUCAGAUCAAAGUUCUGACUCCUGUCAGAAGCAAGGAAAAGAGAAUUUGGGGUUCCAGAAUGAUAAGCAUUCUCCUAUCAGGUCAUCAAUGCAAGACUGUCGCGCUGCCAACCAGAAUGCGGAGUCCGAAGUAUACUUCGCAGACGUCUCUAGUUGCUGCAAUGUGUCUGUUAAAGCCGAAUGCUGCAUGAACGCCAACGUAUCAGCCCUAGUAGGCACCAUUGAAAACCAUCCAGAGUCUACAUCGGAGUCCGACACAGGCUCCUUCACCCUCACGCGACAACAGCGCCCCCAACCGCAAGUCGGAUCCAAACGGAGACCACGACAAACUGAGAAACACAUUAAAAAUCAAGAAAAAAUGAGACAAGUACUAAAUAACUCUAUAAGAUUGACCGAACAUCAAAUUGAACAGCUCAACAAUUCCAUGAGAAUGAACGAAAGAAUUGAACGUGAACGAAUGAAUGAGACCAGGUUGAGUGAACGCAUGAAUGAUUCCAGAGACCGGUUGAAUGACAGAGACCGCAUUGAACGCAUAAAUGAUUGUAGGAUCAGCGACCGAAUGAACGAAACAAGGUUAAGUGAGAGAAUGAACGAUUCUAGAGAUAGGUUGAAUGAAGGAAGGGUAUGUGAGCGUGAACGAUUGGAGAGGUUAAAUGAUUCACGCAUAAGCGACAGAAUGAAUGAGACAAGGAUGAGUGAGCGAAUGAACGAAACGAGAAAGAAUGAACGAAUGAACGAUUCCAGAGACAGAUUAAACGACUCGCGAAACUGUGAGGUAAUUGAUCCGAGAAUAGAAAGAAUGAACGAUUCUAGAAUCAGCGACCGAAUGAACGAAACUAGACUAAGUGAACGUAUGAACGAUUCGCGUGUCUGCGAGCGGAUGAACGAAGCAAGAAUGGAACGAAUGAAUGAUUCUAAACUGAGCGACAGGAGUGACACUCGUCACAGCGACCGAAUGAAUGACUCCCGGCUUGAACGAAUGAAUGACUCGCGUCUUGAACGAAUGAGUGAGCUAAACUCAAGCAUUCGUAUCGGCGGUAGUCCCAAGAUGCGCACACACAUAAGUCCCUUACGUAUACCUAGAUCUAGUCCUAAGAACGUGCCUAAAGAUCAUCCUAGGCAGUCGAGUUCAGAUUCAAACAAGCCAGAUUUCAGGCAAAUAUCGCCUUUGUCUCCUAAUACGGAGGAAUCAUUGUUGUCUGAUGAUGAUAGGCCUCAGGAUCAAGUUUAUUCGAAUGACCCUGAGACCUCCAAGUGUUUAGGUCCAGAUUCUCAAUAUGAGCCUGUGAGAGAGACUAAGGAAGAAAUUUUGAAGACCAACCAUCAUCAUUGUUAUAGUGAUACAAAUACUAUGGAUUCUGGAUGGCAGAGUGGAUCUGAGAAACAGGUAACUGACUAAUUCAGGAUUUCGAAAAAUGUUUUAUUGUAUUUUUUUAAUUUUAAUGACAAAAUCCUUCGUAAAAAAAAACUAAUUGCUGGUUUCGCCAACCAUCCCUAAACUGCCUCUUAACAUCAAGUUAUUUACCGUGACGUAGCACCUAAACUAACUCCUUACUUGUACUAUUAGGUGUGACUUAAAGGUUGGUAAAAGACAAAAUGUCGUUAAACAUCACCUAUCUUAACUUAAGAUGCCCUUAAAAUUUAGGAGAGGUUGGUACAAACGGGCAUAAUUUUCUUUAGUGUUAUCCUACGUUAAAUAGAUAUUGUUCAGUAAAAAUAGGUUUUUCAUAUAAAUAUAGUGAUUCGAUUGUCCUUUUGUAAAGUGUUCCGUGUGCUGUGUUUAAUUAAAAGUCGAUUUUAUGACUAAAUCGUUCAUUAUAUUCAAUCGUUCACUUCAAUGAGAAAGUAGGUUUAAAAUAAUCGUUAUAAAAAUAUUUUCCCUUGAGCCAAAUUACAUAAUACUAUAAAAUCUUAAUUCUCUAAACUUUUGCAUAAAUAAUUCAUUGAAUGCGUUCAUUUAGUUCGUUCAUUGUCCACCUUCAUUCACCCUAAUUUUUAUUGAACAUUCAUUCAUUAACCAUUCACUCAUUCAUUCAUUCCGUUCAAUGAAUUAUUUGUGUCAAGAGUAAACUUGCCAAUUUUCCGAAUUUGACAUAAUAUUAUUAAUUUCGAUUUAAUAAUAAAUUAUGUAAAAAUAAUAAUAGUCGAUGUGUUUUGAUGCUCUCUAAAAUAUUGAGAUUAUUAUUUUAAUUUUUAAAUUGGAUAUAAAUAAAAACGAAUUUGUAGGUCGCGUAGAAACGUAUUAUUGUGUAAAGAACUUUCUUUAUACAACUACCUAUUAUAAAUUAUAAAUUAUUAGAUAUAAAUUGUGAAAAUUCGUAUAUACUUUGAUAAAUAUACUAAAACAUGAUUGAAGCCUUUUCUUAUAAGAGCGGUUUGUGAAAAAAAUAUUUAUUAAGUCUUUGUUAUGUCAUGCGCUUUCAUAAUAAUUUAUAUUUAGGUCCGUCUGUCGGUCCAUUGAAACUAUCACCUCGGUUCCUGUGCUAUGAUCAUAUUUUGACACUUUAAACAACACGUACGUAGUCGUUACUUUGUUAUACCUUAAUCUAUCCGUCCACCCAUUCUGUUUAUAAAUCCGUUCAUUCAUUAGUUCAUUCUCUUAUUCGAAUUUUAUAAGUCGUAUACUGAAUGGUUGUCGAUUUUUUAAAAGGCCACGAUACUUGCCAACUUUGUUUUUGUAAAUGAGUGAAUGAAAUUGAAUUCAUUCAUUCAUUCGUUCUUUUGAACAUAUUUACUUUAGUGACUCGUGUAUUUCUUUAUUAUAUACUUAGGCUAUUGAUUUCUGGAUAGCCAAUCUAUAAAAAAAGUAUUAUUUUUAUUCAGAAACAUGUUAAUUAACUAAAAAUCGCGGGGUACUUACG